AGCUCUGCCCCAACUAGGCCUUUUGCUGCAGCGCCCACCAAGGUGAUGAAGAUGGCAACCCACCAUAGCCAGGAAAAAUGUCGGAUCAGGGAGCUCAGCAGCAGCCACAGGUGGAAGUGGUGAUGAAGGUGGAAGGUCAACAACCUUCAACCUCCACUCCUCCUCCUCCACCUCCGACCGCUACUCAGCAGGAGAAGAAGGAGUUGGAAGAACAACUGCGGCGUCAACAGGAACGCCUUGCAGAACUGGAAAGACAGGAAGCAGCUGAGCUAGAAGCUGCAAUAGAUAAUUCCAGAAGGGACUAUCUGUUGCAGCAGCUAGACAAGGUGCUCACAGAUGAUCGCUGUGCACAGGUGACUAAACACCUGGCAGAGACGAUCAUCCUGGGGCACAAGAUCACCAGUUCCUAUUUUACGAACUGGGAUGAUCGCUUUGUUCGUUUGGAGCGUCGGGUUAAUGACCUGGCAGAUCAGCAGUCUAAGAUUCUGGAUGCAAUUCAGAACUUGACUGCUCAGUUGUCAGCCGCCAAGCUGAUCGCCCCUCAGCUCCCUCUGCUGAAACCCAAACCUUCACCUCCUUCUACACCUGGAUCUGUGCAUUCUUCCCGCACACCAUCCCAUUCCCAAAAAGCCUCAGCAAAGGCCACCUAUGCUGCUGUUACUGCAGGAGAUUACAGAGGUCCCAAGAUCCCUGCUCCCAACAAGUUCAGGGGUGAUGACCCCAAGACCGAUGUUGGGGACUGGGCUGCUGGGACCAAAGCCUACUUGAGGGGCUUUGUCUGUGCAAAACAGACCAAGGUGGCGACUGUCCUGGGACUGCUGGAGGGACCUGCAUUGAAGUGGGCCACCUCCACCUCCAGCAGUCUGCAGCAGUCCAUGGAGGACUUGGCUUUUGGGCUUGGGGUGGACAAACUUCUGCAGGCCCUGGAGGACCGAUUUGCAGACAAGGAGCGGGCCCGCAAGGCUGCUGACAAGAUUGCUCGCCUGGGACAGCAACAGUACAGCGGCACCCUGCAGGCCUUGUUUGCUAAGUUCGAGCAACUUACCUCCACCCCUGGGUUGGUCAUGUCCACAGAUGAUCUGCUGACCAACUUCUGCAGGGCAGCGCCAAAGAAGUUUGUUGUUGCACUAUACAGCGUCAAGGGUAUCCCUGUGACCUUCGACGGUGCUGGAGAAGUCAGGCAUAGUCUGAACUUCUACAUCUUCCCUGAGCUGCCCUUUGACUUGGUAUUCUCUAUGCAGUGGCUGAAGGUAGUCAACCCAAGGAUCGACUGGCAGAUCCCAAAGGUUGAGCUACCUAAUAGCCAGGGUGUCUAUCAGCCAUGCAUGAUUGCUGCUGAUCACCACCCUAAGACAUCUUGCUACUGCCUGAGAGCAAGGGAGUUUCAUGCUCUCUCACGCCAGUACCACCACGAGCGUCUAUUUAUUGCUUUGGUCAAGCAAACAGAUGCUCUCCCUGUUUCUUGUCCUCCUGAGAUACAGCAGGUGCUAGAUCAGUAUGCUGAUCUGAUGCAGGAGCCCUUUGGGUUACCCAACCGGCCAACCAAGCAUCACAUCGAGCUGCUGCCUGGAGCGGUCCCUCCCAAGGGCCGCAUCUACAGGAUGUCCCCUGCUGAGCUAGAGGAGCUCAGAAAGCAGCUUGAGACCCUGACCAGCAAGGGCUGGAUCAGACCCAGCACAUCUGAAUUCGGUGCACCUGUUCUCUUUGUGCCCAAAGGGAAUGGCGAGUUCAGAAUGUGCAUUGACUACAGCGGUCUCAACAAGAUCACUAGGAUCGAUGACCUUCUGGAUAUGGUGCAGGGCUGCACAAUAUUCAGCAAAGUCGACCUCAAAUCUGACUACCACCAGAUUGAGAUGGCAGAGGAGGAUGUCUACAAGACAGCCUUCAAGACCAGGUAUGGAACUUACGAGUUCCUGGUCAUGCCAUUUGGACUUUGCAAUGCCCCUGGGACCUUCCAGACAGAGAUGCACCGCAUCUUCAGGCCUUACCUGGACAAGUUUAUGGUUGUCUACCUGGAUGAUAUCCUGGUUAUCAGCAAAACUGCUAGGGAACAUGCGGAGCACUUGGCUUUGGUUCUUCAGUCGUUUCGUGACAGCCAGUAAAAGAUCAACAGAGAGAAGUCCUUUGCAGUUCCCUCUGUCAUCUACCUGGGUCAUGUAAUCUCUGGAGAUGGCCUGGCUCCUGAAG